ACUUAGAUACAAAAUAAUUUUGAUUAUUAAAUUUGCCAUGUGCUUUGCUGGUGUGAAAAAUUAAUUAAGAAUUUCAUAAAUAAAAUACAAGUAUAAAAAAGUAAAAACAAAGCGAAAAUGGCAGAAUUUGUAGAAAAAGGAUGUGAGGAAAUGAUCCUUGCAUUGGAACAAAUGAAAAGGAUAAAACUUUUUGAGGACAAUGAAAUACAAAAAAUAGUAAAAAAUUUAAAAGACCAUGAGUACAAAAUAGGAAGACUUAUAAAAAGUAAAGAUGAUUUUUUAUCCUACUUUUCUUAUCUGAUGGUUGUACUGAAUCUCGUAAAGCAGCGGCGAGCUAAAUUGGGAAUUAAAGAAAAAAAAGCUAGCAUCGAUUUUUGUAUUAUUAAAAAAAUAAAAGUACUGUACAGAAGAGCAAGAAUGAGAUUUCAAAGUGAUCUGAGUUUUUGGACAGAUCUUAUGAAACUUAGCAAGACUGAAAAUUUCCAAGAGCACUUGCCAGGUAUUGCUGAUAGAAUGCUCAAAGUGCAUCAAGAUAAACCAGGAUGCUGGCAUAUUUCUGCUCAGUGGCAUAUGAAAGAAACUAAAGAUAUUGAUAGAGCUAGAAAAUAUUUACUUAAAGGUUUACACUUUCAUCCAGAAUCACAAUUAUUGUACAAAGAUCUUUUACAUCUAGAAUUGACUGAAGCAUCUUCGAGUAAAGAUGACACACCAGUGGAAUUAAAACACGCUCGGCUAAUUUAUCAACAAGCAUACAAACACAUUAAAGAUGUUAAUUUUAUCAUCGAAUUAUUGGAUAUUGCCUCCAAGUACAAGGAUACUAAAGAUCUACAAAAAAUCAUAAUGAAUAAUUUAGUCGAAAACUUUUCAGAUGAACCAAUAAUGUGGGACACGUGGGCGCGGAGAGAAUUUAAAGGUUUAUCUUAUAGCUCUGAUCAAGAUGACGAUUCACUGGGUGGUAAAUCAAAAAAGAAAACUUUGAGAGAUCGUCUUAAUUCGGCUAUUGAAGUUUAUGAGUCUGCUGUUAAAUUAUUACCCACAAAAACAAUGUGGUCGCUGUAUAUUAAUUUCUUAUUAGAAAUUAAUAAAGAUAAUUCUACUUUGCCAAAUUAUAAGAGAAAACUUUUGAAAGCAGCUUUAACUCAAGGCCAUGAAGAAAAAAAUUUGGAAGAAAAAUAUUAUUGGUUUUGGAUAAAAUUGUUAAAAAAUGAUAAAAAAGAUUCUUGGAAAAAACUAUACGAUAUAUUAAGCAGCGCAACUGAAGCUCUCCCAGAAAGUAUUGAGCUUUGGAAAAAAAAAAUUAGUUUCUUAUUUUUAAAUUCAGAUCAGGAUGAUCUGGCUCUUUUAGAGUUCAAUAAGGCAACGAAAAUAUUAGGCAACAAAGCAUUGCCACUCUGGAAAAUUAAGCUAUCUUACAUUCAAGCUAAACAUCCAGAAAAAUUAAAAGAUUUUUUUGAAACUGUGAUGCAAGAAGAUCCAGCAAUAUCUUUCGAAAUGAAACCUCUUUAUUUAGACUGGCUUGCGGCAGAAAAAGGUAUAAAAGCGACUAGACGUGUCUAUAAUAAAUUAUGCAUCCAACCACCUUUUAAUUUAGAACUUCAUAGAAAAAUGUCUAGUAUUGAACUUAGCCAACCAGAAAUAAAUAAAGUAAAUGCUCGCUACCCUCAUGAAAUGGCUACACUACAAUUCGGCAAAACAAAUGUCGAUGUUUGGAUUGAAUACGUAACAUUUGAAACAAAUUAUGGUGAUUUGCUAAAUGUUUCAAGUAUACAUAAACGAGCUAUUAAAACUCUAAAUCCCAUAGACGCAGAUAACUUUAUUACUAAAUUCGAACUUUUAAAAAUAAAUUCCGAGCCCAUGGAAAUUUAAA